AUGGCGGCGCCGUUGUGCCAUGGACAACAGACUGGUCCUCCUCACUGCCCUGCUAGUGACGCUGUCCUGGAUGUCUGCGGGCACCUACGCACAAAGUGUUGUAACAACUGCAACCAGUGGAACAGCCACACCAACAGCAGCACCAACAGCUGCACCAACAGCACCAGCUGUAACAACAGCUGCACCAAAUGGAGCAACUGCAGCACCAACUGCACCAGCUGUAACAACUGCACCAGCUGUAACAACAGCUGCACCAAAUGGAAUAGCUGCAACAAAUGGAACAGCUGCAUCCAAUGGAACAGCCGCACCAACAGCAGCACCAACAGCAACACCAACAGCAACACCAACAGCAGCAGCACCAACAGCAACACCAACAGCAGCAGCACCAAAAGCAACACCAACAGCAGCAGCACCAGCAGCACCAACAACAGCAGCACCAAAAGCAACACCAACAGCAGCAGCACCAGCAGCACCAACAACAGCAGCACCAACAGCCGCACCAACAGCAGCACCAACAACAGCAGCACCAACUGCACCAGCUGUAACAACAGCUGCACCAAAUGGAAUAGCUGCAACAAAUGGAACAGCUGCAUCCAAUGGAACAGCAAAACCAACAGCAGCAGCACCAACAGCCGCACCAACAGCAGCACCAACAGCCGCACCAACAGCCGCACCAACAGCAGCACCAACAGCCGCACCAACAGCAGCACCAACAGCCGCACCAACAGCCGCACCAACAGCCGCACCAACAGCAGCACCAACAGCCGCACCAACAGCAGCACCAACAGCAGCACCAACAGCAGCACCAACAGCAGCACCAACAGCAGCACCAACAGCAGCACCAACAGCCGCACCAACAGCAGCACCAACAGCAGCACCAACAGUGGGGGCAACAACCAUUGCAAACAUAAACGUGGCAGAUCUUAUGACACGGAUUAACAGGACAGACUGCGGGACCGGGCAGCUCUGCGCGGAUGAGCCCUCAGCCUGCGACCCCUCCACAGGUGGAGAAUGUUUCUUUCUGGCUGCCAAGAAGGGGAGGGGUAACAACUUUGAUUUUGAACUGUCAGGACAGUCCGAUGGCUAUAUUGCUGCCACCCUGUCACUCGACGGCACGCUGGGAAAUGGCGACAAAACGUAUGU